AUGCCUGGCGUCACAAUUCCGGACGGUGGUGUUAUUCUGGGCACGGCGCCAACCACUGUUGGGCAAAAGAAUUUAAACAUUCACAGCCAACAAGCCAUGCGGGUUACCUUCGCAGAUAAUAGCAUCUUGGAGGACGUGCUCAAGCAUGGAGCCGACCUGAAGAUAUCCUUCGGGAAGUCUAUGAGAUUUGUCUAUGGGAGUCAGACCAUGGAGAUAGUCUCCAUAGUAGAACCUAACCGCCAUGAGCUAUACCGAGCAUCGAUCAACUCUCCAGAGGAACUGGCUUUCGCGGCAACGUUCACGCACCAACUGGAAGCUCGAGAACUUGAAGAUGAAGUCAAGGAUGAAAGCCUGUUGGCUCUUCAAGAGUCCUAUCGCCGAAUCAACCAGGAGAAAGAGGCCUCUACAACCGCCGUUGUGGAUAGCACGUUCUCGAAGGGAGGAAAGCUUGCAGCUUACCCGAAGAAGACCACUCAAGUUAGCCGGGCCAAACCCCAACACUCACUGGCUAAUACGCCUUUAUCAAGAGGUGCACGAUCCCCCGAAAAUUCCGCCCAUAUCAACGCGAAACUUGAGGCACUCCGUAUUCCAUUAAUCCACCUUUUGGCAAUUGGCCCGGAUUCUGAACAAAAUUUGGCGUCUAAAACAAGAGUUUCGAAUGAAAUCUGUGUUCGAAUUCUGCAGAAAGUUGGGAACAGGGUGGGGAAGCAGUGGCAAUUAGUUGACGAUAUCUACAAAGACCUUGACCUAUGGGACUUCCCAUAUCCUUCCUCUGGCGAUCGCGAUCAAGCAAUCGCAAACUGUAGAGAGGCUUUCAAUAGGUUAAGGUUAUCAAGGGAAGCAACCGAAUGGCAAAUGAUUCUGGCCCCGGAGGAUAGAGGGAAGGUUGACCCAAAUCCACCACCACCACAACCCGUUAAACCGUCCUCGAAGUCGGUUGCGGCUACACCAAGCAUCACUGUUACAGCUGAGAACCCAGAAUCUAAAUCAUCUAGUCAAACAUCAUCUAGCAAGAAAGCUAGUGGUGAAUCAAUGGCUCGAACAGCCUCCUCAGCUAAAGCAGGGAAACCAGCGCCGAAGGAUGCGAUAUCGCGAAUUAUAGGGAAGAAAGGCAAAAAGCCUACAGCAGUAAAAUCUACCCCAAAGCCAAAGGGACCCAUUGGAAGACCUCCAAAAUCGACUACCACCAAAACAAAUAAAGCGAAUAUGGCAAAAGAAGCCGUUGUAAAGCCUAAAGUAAAAUCAGCUGAGAGAGUCGAGGACUCAGAUGAGGAUAUCGAAAUGGAAGAUGCUAAACAGUCUCCACUCAAAACAACGGAAAAAAAGACAUCCUCUCCCCCCCCCCCUCCCCCCCCCCCCCCUCCUCCUCCUCCUCCUCCUCUACGACAGCCAUCGACAACCGCUGCUGCAAGGCCUCCAUCGGUCGCAGGUUCUGGCACCUCCGAUCACGAUGUUGAAAAUUCACGAUUCAAGCCGAAAAAGGCAGCUACACAAAACAUCAAGUCGCCUAUAAAGAAACAGCGCCGCGAUAUAUCCGGUUCUACUGGUUCUUCCUCUACAACGGCCAAAAGGAAGAACGCAAGUGUUAAAGCUAGCUCAAAUGUUUCUAAAACUCCCAUGUCGCGGGAUUACAUUCCCAGACGAAGUUCUACAUCAUCUCCUUUUCUCGCCUCUAUUGGAGGGACAUCUACACCAGGUCGAUCCCCUCUAGAACCAGUAACGAUACCAUCGAGGUCGAAUAAGAGUAAAUUUCUGCCUAUAUCGUCGCCAUCUUUGAAGAGGAAAGCCCCUGCUCUGGCCGAGCGCGAUGAUCGUGGCCCCCCUUCCCGGGCUGGUUCUAGCAAACCGCCCACGUCAUCUACCGCCGCUGAAAUUUCGUCUUAUUCUAGCAAGAAGCGACGGAACACAAGCUCCCCCGAUGAGUUCACCCUCAAGAUGGCACAGAGGUUCAAGGAGGAUCAUGCUCGCUAUGAGCGUCUUUACAACGAGGUCUCACUGAUAACAGACUCCAUAAAAAGGAAGGAGAAGCUAGACAUAGUACUGAACAUGCAUCGGGAACUAGCUACUCUUAAGGCUCAAAUAACUGCGUCGACAUCAGUGCAUUGA